GAUUUACUUUCUGUUCCUGAUGAGACCUGUUUGGUUGUUGUAGUGAGGUGUCAGUUCAACUGAUCCGUUCAAACUGGUAAUCUCAUAUUGGAUACUGUCAGUUUAAGCGCACCAUGUCAGUAAUCGGUGAAAUCGAUGAAGGAUUCUACUCCAGACAGCUGUAUGUUCUGGGUCAUGAGGCGAUGCACCGGAUGGGCACAGCCAACGUCCUCAUAGCAGGUAUGCGUGGUCUUGGAGUAGAAAUAGCCAAGAAUGUGAUCCUGUCCGGAGUGAAGUCUGUCACCGUCCAGGAUGAAGGCCAGACAGUGUGGAGCGACCUGUCCUCCCAGUUUUUCCUGAAGGAGUCCCAUCUUGGUCAGAACCGAGCCACGUGCUCCCUUCAACAGCUGUCUGUCUUAAACCCACACGUGCACGUGUCAGCCCACACCGAACCACUGGAUGACGAACUGCUUCUGCAAUUCCAGGUGGUGGUCCUCACUGACUCCUCACUGGAUGAUCAGAAGCAUUUUGGUGAGCUCUGUCAUUUGCAUAGUAUCAAGUUCAUCGUAGCAGACACCAAAGGACUCUGUGGUCAGUUGUUCUGUGACUUUGGGGAGGAGUUUGAGGUCUUGGACCAGGAUGGAGAGAUGCCUGCAUCAGCGAUGAUACAAAGUAUCACCAAGGACAAUCCUGGAGUGGUGCUUUGCGCAGAUGACCAGAAUCAUGGAUUUUCAGAUGGCUCCAAAGUUUCCUUCUCUGAAGUCCAAGGCAUGACGGAGCUCAACAGCAUCGGACCUGUGGAGAUCAAAGUCCGUGGCCAGUUCUCCUUCAGCAUUGGUGACACGUCAGCCUUUUCUAAGUAUGAAAAGGGUGGAGUAGUGACUGAAGUUAAACAGCCCUGCACGCUAAAUUUUAAACAACUGAGUGAGGCUCUACUGGAUCAUCAGCUGAUUGUGAUGAAUGAUUUUGGGAAAGAAUCGAGGCACAACACCCUGCACUUGGCUUUCCAAGCCCUCCAUAGCUUUAUGAAGAAAGAACAGCGACUCCCUCGUCCUCGGUCCCAGUCAGAUGCAGACUCCCUGCUUGUCAUGGUGAGAGAGCUGAAUACAGCCGCACAGCUGGAACAGCUGGAUGAAGCUGCGGUGCAAAAACUGUCCUACACAGCCCAGGGUGACUUGGCUCCUAUCACUGCUUUCAUUGGAGGCCUUGCUGCUCAAGAAGUUAUCAAGGCCUGCAGUGGGAAAUUUAUGCCUCUUCGGCAGUGGAUAUAUUUUGAUGCACUGGAGUGCCUCCCUGAAGAGGCGGACCGACUGGCAGAGGGCUCCUUUUCAGCAAGGGGCACGAGGCACGAUGGACAAGUCGCUGUGUUUGGGUCAGCGUUCCAGGAGCAGCUUGAGAAGCAGAAGUAUUUCCUGGUUGGAGCUGGUGCUAUUGGCUGUGAGCUUCUUAAAAACUUUGCCCUCAUUGGACUUGGUGUUGGAGAAAAAGGGCACAUCACCAUAACAGACAUGGACUUUAUAGAACGAUCCAACUUGAAUCGACAGUUCCUGUUCAGGUCUCAGGACAUUGGGAAACCAAAAUCGGAAGUUGCAGCCAAAGCAGUGCGAGAGAUGAACCCAAUGAUCAAAAUCACCGCUCACCAAAAUCGUCUGGACCCUGACAGCGAAGGACUGUAUGAUUACAACUUCUUCAUGGGUCUCGAUGGAGUGGCUGCAGCCCUCGACAAUGUGGAAGCCAGGGUCUAUCUUGAUAAAUGCUGCGUUCAACACCAGAAGCCCAUGUUGGAGGGAGGAACUCUAGGAAGCAAGGGUCAUACUCUGGUGGUGGUGCCUCACCUGACAGAGUCUUAUGGGCCGGGCAUAAAAAGUUCUAAUAAUGCCAUCCCACUGUGCACUCUCAAGAACUUCCCUCACCGCAUUGAGCACACCCUGCAGUGGGCCAGAGACCAGUUUGAAGGACUGUUUAAACAAACACCUGAAAACGUGAAUGUCUUCCUGAGAGAUGCAGGGUUUGUAGAGCGGACUCUUGGCCAUGGAGAUGCUGAGGCCCUGGAGGUUCUUGGCGGGGUGUGGAGCAGCCUUGAGGACAUGAAAGCUGGAGGACAACGUCCAACGAGUUGGGAAGACUGCGUGAGCUGGGCACGUUGCAAGUGGGAGUCUCUCUAUAACAACGAUAUCUGUCAGCUUCUGCACUGUUUCCCUCCUGAACAGGAGACUGCUACUGGUCUACCCUUCUGGUCUGGAUCCAAGAGGUGCCCUCACUCACUGACCUUUGACCCCAACAGUACUACCCAUAUGGAUUAUGUGGUGGCAGCCGCUAAUCUGUACGGGCAGAUCUAUGGAAUCAGAGGGACAAGAGACUGCUCCUCUAUCAGAAGAACCUUAGAGAAAGUCCGUGUGCCGUCUUUUACUCCCAAGUCCUCCGUGAAGAUUCAUCUCACUGACAAGGAGAUGGAGGAGGACCAAAAAAAGGACAGUGAUGAUGCUGAAAAAUCCCGACUUGAGGAGCUGAAAGGAAAGUUGGCCUCGCCAUCUCUGAAAAGCUCAGCCAUGCAGAUGUACCCCAUCGACUUUGAGAAGGAUGACGACAGUAACUUCCACAUGGACUACAUUGUGGCUGCUUCUAACCUGAGGGCAGAGAACUACGACAUCCCGGCAGCUGAUCGACACCAGAGUAAGGGCAUUGCCGGAAGGAUCAUCCCAGCCAUAGCUACCACCACAGCCGCAGUGGCAGGCCUGAUGUGCCUGGAGCUGUAUAAACUGGUGCAGGGUCACCAGAAGAUCAGCUCUUACCGCACAGCUUAUAUCAACCUGGCUGUCCAGUACUUUGUGAUGUCCCAGCCUAGCCGGCCCCAGUCCUUCGAAGUCGCAGGAAAGAAAUACACCCUGUGGGAUGACUUCCUUGUUGAGGGCAGAAGUAGCGGUCAGCAGGAAAUGACCUUGGGAGAUCUGCUCCAGUAUAUCAAGGAAAAACAUAGCUUGAACAUCAGCAUGCUCUUCCAUGGAACAGCUAUCUUAUACAACGGACAAAAAGAUAGGCUCAAGCUGAGUGUGUCUGAUGUGGUGAGGAUGGUCACCAAGAUACAUAUCCCUCCACACAAGAAGAUGCUAGAGUUGAUCCCCUCAUUUGCUGAAGAUGAGGAGUGUGAGUUAGUCCCAACUAUCAGAUACCUGCUCUUGUGAUGCCAUCAACACCAAGUUUCCACAAGGUUCUAGUGAAAAUGUGACAAAGCAAACACAACACUCCUGUGAAAUCAUGUCCGUUGAAAACACCCUAUUUUGUUGCUUCAGCUGUUGUUUACAAAGAUUAAUAUCCAAAUGAUUUUUUCCAUAAUGUGUCUAUCUAUUUCUUUCAUGUCAUUCCAUCAAUAUUUUUGCGCCUAUCAUUGCACUGGCAUGUUAUUUUAGUGUUCACAUUUUGAUCAUGUAAAGUGAGUGAUUCUAUAAUCACACUGUAUAAUGUAGUGUACUGUCUCUUAAUCAUGCCCCAAAAAAUACAACAAGAUGUACAAAGAUUCAUAUCCAUUUCCUCAUCCUUUUAAUUAUAUGGCAAAUGAGGAAACUUAACAAACUGUAAUUUCCUUAAUACCAGAAAGUUGUGUUAGCUUUUGGUUUUCAUUUACAUGUAAAAUGUGCCUUUUGAGAGGUCAGGAUAAGAGGUUGUGAAGAUGCUUGCCAAGGCAUAUGGAUUAGAUCAUCUGGCACUUCUGGGGCAGUGCUGGCUCUGUUUCAAGGUUUAAUUCAGGUCAGACUGAGCACAAUGUUGAAGGGGUGCAGUCAGAACAGGCAGCUGGCACAGUAGGUACAGUGCUUUGACGAUUUGGGGUUCUCUUGCCAUCUGGACACAGCUGUGUUGUGUAAAUCCUGCUCCCAAGCACACGUGCAGCCCUGCACUACCAGAAGAUUCUCAGAGCUGGUCAGAGUUGAGAAGCUAGACUCAUCUACAAGGCCUUCAUCUGUCCUAUCCUUACCCUUUUCCACACCCUCACAUUGACAUGGUGUCAUCUGUACAACAUUCUGAUCCCCCAACUGGCUGUUUGAAUAUUUUUAAUGAAGAAUCCUCUCUAACAUGAUCACUGCAACUAUGGAUGGGUGUAGUUGAAUCACUGUAUACGUUUGUCUGUGACUGUUUGUAUUUAAAUUCUGUUUGAACAAUACAAUAAAAAUGUCUAUGGGGAACCAUGUUA